AUGACCAGCAACACCACAACAGAAAAAAUCAAAAUGAUCCCCGGAAUUACAGGCGAUAUUGAGUAUAAAGACCCUUUAUUCACUAUGCCUUCAAUAUUAGGGCCAUAUAAGGUGGCAUUGUUAUCUUAUGCCUCAUCGAUGAUAUCGACCACCUGCGGAUUCCCAUUGGAUUCCAUAAAGACGAGAAUGCAGAUCCAUACAUAUCCAACGGCUUUAAACUGUCUCAAAGCAACGAUACUAAACGAGGGAUUCCGUGGGUUAUUCAGAGGUUUAGCCGUACCAUUAUUUUCUACCUCGUUGACACGUUCACUGACUGUGUCAAUCUAUACAAACUGCAAACCGAUGGUUUCCUCAAUAGUACCUUCCUUUGACAUUGUAAGUAUAGAAAACCAAGAAACUAAGCGGUUUAUACAGAAUUAUCCGGUUUCCUUCCUCUCUGGAGUGUGUGCCGGUGCUUUGAUUUCAUUAUUUGCUUGUCCUUUUGAAUUAACUAAGAUAUUUCAGCAAAUUGUCCUGGUUGUCAAUAGAGAUGGUAAUUUCAUGAAGGAAAAAAGCAAGCUUCCAACUAGAGUCGUGGAGAUUGCAAGAAAUAUAGUAAAGUAUGAAGGAUUAAAGGGACUGUAUUCAGGAUAUAGAUUUCAUGUCGUUAGAGAUGGGUUUAGUGCUGGUAUCUUUUAUAGCGUCUAUGAAACGGUAAAACUAACUUUGCAGGCAAAACUGAAUCAAUCUAAAGCUCUCAGUGACAAAGAAAAGUCAAGUUUGGGAGCUUUGUGUGUUCCGUUAUCCGGUGCUAUUUCAGGUAGCUUGUCAUGGGUACUUGUGUAUCCCAUAGAUACCGUUAAGGCUAAUUACCAAAAGGAUGUCUUACGAAAUAUCAUUAGGGCAAAAAUGGGCCUGUCAAAAUUGGAAAUCAAGCCUAAGAAAAUCGAAUAUUUUAAUAGAGAAAUGUACAAAGGUUUUGGACCAUCUAUUACAAGAUCAGUAGGUGUUACUAUGAUAUUUUUUUCUGCAUUUGAAUAUUUCAUGAAAAACAUUGCAUGA